GCGGAUUUGUCAUCGAGGGCCUAACAUCGCUAGCCCAUCCUACUAUUUGUUUUUAUUGUUGACUAUUUUCCUGGAGAUCUGAAAAACAAUCAGCACAAUGAAGAAGAAGGUAUUGCUGAUGGGCAAGAGCGGUUCAGGAAAAACCAGCAUGCGAUCCAUUAUCUUUGCCAACUAUAUCGCCCGUGAUACGACACGCCUCGGAGCAACAAUCGAUGUGGAGCACUCUCAUGUGCGGUUUCUUGGUAACCUGGUGCUCAAUCUCUGGGACUGUGGCGGCCAGGAGGGCUUUAUGAAACAGUACUUUGCCCAGCAGCGGGACAACAUCUUCCGCAAUGUGGAGGUGCUCAUCUAUGUGUUCGACGUGGAGAGCCAGGAGAUCGAGCGCGACAUCCACUACUACCAGAGCUGCUUAGAAGCCCUGUUGCAGAAUUCGCCGGAGGCCAAGAUUUUUUGUCUAGUGCACAAAAUGGAUCUGGUGCCGGAGGAGCAUCGCGAGAACGUCUUUACGGAGCGUAUGGAGGAUCUCAUUAAGUUGUCAAAGCCCGGGAAUGUGACUUGUUUCCGCACCAGCAUUUGGGAUGAAACAUUAUACAAAGCCUGGUCUUCCAUUGUCACCAUGCUGAUACCCAAUGUGGCUGCUUUGGAGAAUUCUGUAACGCACUUUGCAAACGUGAUCGAGGCUGACGAGGUACUUUUGUUCGAGAAGGCCACAUUUCUGGUGAUCUCUCAUUGCCAGAGCAAGAAGAAUCGCGACUCGCACCGCUUCGAGAAAGUGUCCAACAUCAUAAAGCAGUUUAAGCUGAGCUGUUCCAAGUUGGGUGCCAAAUUCCAGUCGAUGGAAGUGCGAAAUAGCGCUUUCGCCGCAUUCAUUGACACCUUCACUAGCAACACAUAUGUAAUGGUGGUCAUGUCGGAUCCAACGCUGCCCUCGGAGGCUACGCUGGUCAACAUAAGGAAUGCCCGGAAGUACUUCGAGGAACUGGAGAACCCGAGCAACAGUGCCAUGAACCACCACGGCCACAAGUACCAUUGAUGGCGAUACAACGAUCAUUGUUAUCCGUAACCCCAAAUGCCGUUCUCCGUUCAAGAAGACACGAAAACCGUCUGUUGUUGUGCACACAUCGAAGCGCCACAGGUGCCGCCCCCAAAGUCUAUUCGCUUCCCGUAAUGAUAAAUAAUUAUAUGUGUAUAUCUCUCACUUACUGCAAGACUGUCCAUAUAGUUAAUGGUGCAGACGAUUCUGCUUCAAUGUUUCAUCACUCUUACCAGUUCACGUAAGCCUUUUGUAAAUUAAAACUCUUUUUUAAGUUGCGACAGUCUUUUAGCAAGUGAGCGAUAGAUAGCCAUCUCUUUCGUUGAUUUUUCGUAGAUUUGUAAGUUAAAAACCUUCGUAGACUUUAAGUUUAUAUACAAAAAACAAUUACACACUUAUGAAUAUACAAAACAA